UUAACAAUUCCUCUUCGUCACCAUGACGGCGGCGGCGACGACGACGGCGACGCACAGCCAGCGGUGCCCAGUGGCGUCCGAGUGCGACCCACUGCCGCCACUUCCACUCCUUUCCCACUCGCGCCAUCGAUCCAUCCCGCUUGCUUCCCCGACUUGUGUGCUCCCACCACGCACCGCCAGCCCAGCCAGCCGCGACCUUUCUCCCUCUCACCCUCUCCCUCAUUCCCUCUCCUUUCGCUUUCGCCUUUGUGCCCGCGCGCACUUAUCUAUUCCGGGGUUCCGACGGCGACCACGCGAGGUGGGGGAGAUCGAUCGAUCGAAAGAAACCAGAGCCGGUCGUGUGAGUAGCUGUUGCAGUGGUAGGUGCGGGUAGAGCAAGACGGCGCCAGAACCGGUGCUUGGCCUCGCCGCCUGGACGACGGACAAGGCAAGGCCGGGAUUGACCGAUCGAUGCCUCCUUCUUCUUCUUCCCGGCACCGGCAGGAGAGCGGCUGCGGCUGCUGGGCCGUGCUCACGCGGGGCCUGCGCGGCUCCUGCUUCCGCCCGGCGGCGGCGGCGGCGGCCACCCCUGCCGGAGCCGCCGUCAAAGCCGGCCUCGUCCACGAUGCAGCGGAGAUGACAUACCUAAAUAGUAGCAAUCGAGAUCUUGGUGAUCAGUUUCAGAGAAACUUUGGUGACGAAAAUGGUGUUAACGCAUCAACUGAAAAGAAAACACCACACAAGCUACUUGAAUUUACUUUCCAAGAGUUGAAAUCUGCCACUGUUAACUUUAGGCCAGACAGUAUUCUUGGCGAAGGUGGGUUUGGGUAUGUCUUCAAGGGGUGGAUUGAGCCGGACAGCACAGCUCCUGCAAAACCUGGCACUGGUCUAACUGUAGCUGUCAAAAGUUUGAAGGAAAAUGCUCUUCAAGGACAUAGAGAAUGGGUGGCGGAAGUUGACUUUCUGGGACAGCUGCAUCACAAACAUCUUGUUAAGCUGAUUGGAUAUUGUAUCGAGGAUGAGCAGAGGCUGCUUGUAUAUGAAUUCAUGGCACGUGGAAGUCUAGAAAAUCAUCUUUUCAGAAGGACUCUUCCCCUACCUUGGCCCUAUAGGAUGAAGGUUGUUCUUGGUGCUGCUAAAGGUUUAGCCUUUCUGCAUGUUGGUCCAAAACCAGUUAUUUACAGGGAUUUUAAGACAUCGAAUAUUCUUAUUGAUGUGGAUUACAAUGCGAAACUGUCAGAUUUUGGGUUAGCAAAAGCUGGUCCCCAAGGCGAUAAAAGCCAUGUAUCUACUCGAGUUCUUGGCACUUAUGGCUACGCUGCACCUGAGUAUGUAAUGACAGGCCACUUAACGACUAAGAGCGACGUCUACAGCUUCGGAGUUGUUUUGCUCGAGGUAUUGACCGGCAGAAGAUCAAUCGACAAGAAACGGCCUCUUGGGGAGCAGAACCUAGUGGCAUGGGCAAGGCCGUAUCUAAGCGACAGGCGAAGGCUCUAUCAGCUCGUAGAUCCUCGCUUGGGGCUGAACUAUUCCAUUAGAGGGGUGCAGAAGGUAGCUCAGAUCUGCCACCACUGCCUUAACCGUGACAGCAAGUCACGCCCAAUGAUGGAUGAAGUUAUCAAACACUUGACGCCUCUGCAGGACCUAAAUGACAUGGCUGCCACGUCGUAUAGGCCUCGAUCGUCUCCUCGCGGAAAGGCUCGUCGGUGAUGUCCAGAUCGUGAUGCCUUUCUUCCCAUUCCUGGAUGCUGGUUUUGUUAAACUGUACAUAAGAAAUUGGGCUCCAUGUUCAUCGGCAACAAUUGGAGCCGGGGCGCCCACCAGAUGUCUCGCUUAAGUCAAUCACACUAUCUGGCUGAUUGCGGAGGCGAAACAACAGACAAAUCUGACCGCGAUAUUGUAAUUUGUAGUAAUAAUAUCAAAACGAGUUAUUUUCUGAUUGAGAUAGAUGAGACCGAUCGCCACGAGAAUCCUUGGUCAACUGCUUUCUUUGUGGUUGAUGCCUAGGUUGGGGCGGGCAAGUAGUGGUGCUUACUGUAGAUACACAUAAUCUCGGCCUGAUUUUCCAACAUGUUAAUAUCCUUCCUCUGUACCCGUAGGCUUCUUGCUUGGAUGAUGUCUGUGCUGAUGCCUGCUUGGAGCGCAGAAAUUUUACAUGAGACGGUUUGGUUUCA